CCGUGCCAUUCUGAUGAGUUAAAUAAAUCUAGGGUUUCAUGCUUACUUUUGCCUCCUUCCUCGUUUAUCUGCACAGCCGCGACAGAGCGAGCUAGGGAGAGGGAGACAGACUCUUGCUACAGGUGAGUCAUGGUUAAGCAUAACAAUGUUGUGCCUAAUGGGCAUUUCAAGAAGCACUGGCAAAACUAUGUGAAGACAUGGUUCAACCAACCUGCUCGGAAAACCAGAAGACGCGCUGCUCGGCAGAAGAAGGCUGUGAAAAUUUUUCCAAGGCCUACAGCUGGACCUCUUCGACCCAUAGUUCAUGGUCAGACAUUGAAAUAUAAUAUGAAACUGAGGGCUGGAAAAGGUUUUUCUCUCGAGGAGCUCAAGGCUGCUGGAAUUCCAAAGAAGCUUGCCCCAACUGUAGGAAUAUCAGUUGAUCAUCGCCGUAAGAACCGAUCCCUUGAGGGUCUUCAAGCCAAUGUUCAAAGGCUGAAAACAUACAAGGCCAAGUUGGUGGUCUUCCCAAGACGUGCUAGGAAGUCCAAGGCUGGUGAUUCUGCUCCGGAGGAACUGGCAACGGCUACACAAGUACAAGGCCCUUAUAUGCCCAUUGUACGUGAAAAGCCAUCUGUGGAGCUUGUGAAGGUCACUGAGGAGAUGAAGUCCUUCAAGGCAUACAACAAACUUCGAGUGGAGCGCACGAACGUACGGCAUUUUGGUGCUCGGUUGAAGAAGGCUGCUGAAGCUGAGAAGGAGGAUAAGAACAAGUAGAAGAGCAAAAGGGCUCGCUGUUUGCAAUUGGGUUCUGCUUUUGUUUACUUAAUUGAACUUUAUCCUUUAUGCCAGCUUUAAAAUGUUGGUAAUAGUUUUGAGAUACGUGGGUGUUGAACCUGUGGUAAAUUGUGGUUUUGAUGGAAUUGAGCUCUAUUUGAGAUUGAUUUGCUUUAGCUCGGUCUCAUGUUCUGCACUCCCAUCUUUCGUUACCAUUUUACGUUUGAUGGCAUGUAGAGUUGCAACAUUCAGAUCUCUGAGUCUCAAAAAAUGUUA